UCAGCGCGCUCUCGUUACUCCGCUCUCUGCCCGGGGAACAUGGCGCAUCUAACACAGCGCGCGCUGCUCUUCCUCUGCUUGGCGUUUCCGUGCCACGGAGCUGAGAGAGUCAAAAGCAGAGGCAUCCGACAGAAGGAAACCGAAUACUUUGACAAAUACGGCAGUUGCAUGCAGGGUCCGCCAGGCAUUCCGGGCCGAGAAGGAAACCCGGGAGCAAAUGGAAUUCCGGGAACGCCCGGAGUCCCGGGACGAGACGGUGCCAAGGGAGAGAAAGGCGAGUGUGUGAGUGAGAGGUUCGAGGAGCCGUGGAUUCCCAACUACAAGCAGUGCGCUUGGAAUUCGCUCAACUACGGCAUCGACCUGGGCAAGAUUGCCGAGUGUACGUUCACCAAGCUACGCUCGGACAGCUCCCUGCGCGUCCUCUUCAGCGGCUCGCUCCGGCUCAAGUGUAAGACAGCUUGCUGUCAGCGCUGGUACUUCACUUUCAACGGAGCCGAAUGUUCCGGCCCACUACCCAUCGAGUCCAUUGUUUACCUGGACCAGGGCAGCCCCGAGCUCAACUCCACCAUCAACAUCCACCGCACCACGUCAGUGGAAGGUCUGUGCGAGGGCGUCCGAGCCGGACUCGUGGAUGUGGCCAUUUGGGUGGGAACAUGCGGUGACUACCCUCACGGCGACGCCUCCACUGGCUGGAACUCCGUCUCCAGGGUGAUCAUCGAGGAGCUGCCUAAAUGACCGCCGACCUCAGAAACACACUUUAGCGUCUCCACGGACGGAUACCGUUAAUGAAACGGAGACCAACGUUCCUCUCGUUAGUGUUACUGUAAUCUAGAAAAAUAAGUAGCAUUUUUUUAGUACUGUAGAAACAUCAGGAUUUUUUUUCUUACAUAUUUUUAUAUUUUAUACAAUUUGUGUAUUUUAAUGUCUUUUUUAAAUGCUUGUAAAAGAACUCUAAGUAAAAAUAUAUGUACUC